AUGAUGAAGGGGAGGAGGUCACCUGGUUCAUCAACAUCCCUCUUCAUCGUUUUCUUGCUUUCUGCCAUUCAUCAUGCAGUUUUGCAUGUCUGCGCAAAUAGCUAUCAUACCGUGAGGUUACCUCUAGUACACAGGUACUCUCCUGGUUUCAUUACAGGAAGCGGUUUGAUGAAUAAAACCGAUACAGAAAUCGCGAAAGCGCUUCACCUCCAUGACAUAAUCCGCCGGCAAAGGAUUUCCCAAAGGAAGCAUAGCGAUGAUCAUCAAAUCCCAAGGCGGAAGGACACAGAAACUAGCUCACCAUAUGCAAUGCCGCUGCAUUCGGGUUUUGAUAUCCUAUCAGGGUUGUAUUGGGUCGAAGUAAGAGUCGGAACACCUCCAAAGCCUUUCUUUUUGGUUGCAGAUACAGGGAGCGACUUGACAUGGGUGAGAUGCCAAUAUGAUCCGAAGUUGACAAAGGAGGCCAAAGAGAAGCUGGUAACCGAGACAAAGAUACACCAUCAUGUAGAUCCAAAGAAGCAAUCACAUCUUCUCAAUACUAAAGGUAGGGUAUUUCGUGCUGAUCUAUCAUCAACCUUCAAACCUAUUCCAUGCUCCGAUGGUAUGUGCAACCGGGAGCUUGUACAGUUGCAUGCUGUUCAAAACUGCCCAACUCCAUCGUCGCCAUGCAGAUACCAUUACACCUACUUGGGAGGGAAUGGCGCAGUUGGUUUCUUUGGUCAUGACACUAUAACAAUGCCCCUCCCAAAUGGUAGCAGAACACACCUGCCUAAUAUGACAAUUGGCUGCACACAGGACACCCAAAAAUUAGACGAAGGUGAUGGCAUUAUUGGUCUAGGGUUCAGUGACACCUCAUUCCCCGAUACAAUAGUUAAGUCUAAGCUUGCUGCCAAGUUCUCAUAUUGCCUAAUGAAUCAUAGGAGCAACUCGAGUGUGGCAAGUUAUCUUACAUUUGGUCCCAAUAACCAAGCUGUUACCAGCCCAAUGAGGUACACAAAGUUGGUUUUGAAUGACUAUAGGCAAAUCAAGACCGGUUUUUAUGGUGUAAAUGUAGAGGGCAUCUCAAUUGGGGGAACAUUAUUGAAGAUACCAAGUCAAAUAUGGGAAGAAAUGUUGCGUGGUGGCGGUAUAACGUUUGAUUCAGGCUCAACCAACACAUGGCUAUCCUUACCAAUUUACCAAGCUGUCAUGGACGAACUGACAAAAGCCUUGUCAAUAUAUAAGAAGGUCGAUUUGAAUGAUAAAGGCAUCCCAUUUGAGUUCUGCUUCAAUGAUAAAGGAUAUAACGAGUCUUUGGUGCCAAGAGUUGCAUUUCAUUUUGCAGGAGGAGUUAUAUUUGAUCCACCGGUGAGGAACUAUGUUUUGGAUGUGGCUCAGGGGGUCAAGUGUCUUGGGUUUGUUCCAUCUUUCGAUGGCGCGUCUAUGAUUGGCAACCAAAUGCAACAAAACUAUCUUUGGGAAUAUGAUAUGGGACGUGGUACUGUGGGUUUUGCUCCUUCCACCUGCACCUAG